AUGGCGUCCUCGUCAAUCAGCGACCAGCUCGACCUGGAAAAGGCGACGACGGCCCUCGGGGUGCCGACCCCGAAAUCGUCUACGGACCCCAGUAGUCCGGACGCGGUAUGUCGCGGCCCGGGCGGUGAGAAAAACUGUCAGGGAUGGGCCGCGGGGCAAGAGGCGCUUGCGCCGGCGUGCUCGCGCGUCGGUUCGCAUGCGCAAGAGGACGACGAUGAGUAUGGGAGUGAACACGACGACGACGACGGCGGCGAUGUGCCUACUACUGGUGUAGUGGGCAGAGUGCUGGGCCGGAUCACAUCCAAGUCGAGUAUUGAUCCGGGUCCGCCGCCGGACGGCGGUGUGGUCGCCUGGACGCAGUGUCUCAUCGCGCAUCUGGUCAUCUUCACCACCUGGGGCUGGGCCAACUCCUUCGGCAGCUUCCAGGCCUACUACACAACGCUCCUCGACCGCUCCCCCAGCGAGGUCUCCUGGAUCGGCUCCCUUAACGUCUUCCUGCUCUUCUUCGUCGGCACGCUGACCGGCCGGCUCACCGACGCCGGCCACUUCCGCGCCGUCUUCCUCGCCGGCGCCGCGCUCCUCGCCGUCGGCCUCUUCGCCACCGCCCAGUGCACCACCUACGCGCAGCUCCUCCUCGCGCAGGGCGUCUGCGUCGGCCUCGCACACGGCUGUCUCUUCUGCCCCAUGCUCGCCGUGCUGUCCACCUACUUCCGCCGCCGGCGCGCCCUCGCCCUCGGCCUCGCCGCCUGCGGCUCCGCCACUGGCGGCCUCGUCUUCCCCGCCAUGGUGAGGCAGCUGCUGCCGCGAGUCGGCUUCCCCUGGACCGUCCGCGCCGUCGCCUUCGUCCCGGUCGCCGUCGUCGCCGCCGCGAACCUCGGCGUCCGCACCAGGAUACGGCCCCGUGCGGCCGGGCCGCUGGUCGAGUGGCGCGCCUUUGCCGAGCCCGAGUAUGCAUUCUACGCCGCCGCCGCCUUCUUCAACUUUUGGGGCGUCUAUUUUGCCUUCUUCUACGUCUCUGCCUACUCGCGCGAUGCACUCAACCCCCCGCUCUCGUACCCAGACUCGCUCAACCUGUUGCUCAUUCUCAACGGUGUCGGCGUCGUCGGCCGUAUCGUCCCCAACUUCAUCGCCGAUCGCAUCGGCGCGGUCAACGUCUUCAUCCCCACGUCCAUCAUCGCCUCUUUGCUCGUAUUUUGCUUCAUUGCUAUCGACAGUCCCGCGGGACUAUAUGCCUGGGUCGUCAUCUAUGGUAUGGUCGGAGCCGGCAUCCAAAGUCUAUUCCCCGCCGCCUUGUCUUUCCUCACGACGGACCUGCGGAAGCUCGGCGUUCGCAUGGGCAUGAUCUUUACCAUAGUUAGCUUCGCUGUGCUCACGGGGCCGCCCAUAGCGGGAGCCAUUAUUGCAAGCCCUGCUGGGUAUACUGGAGCCAAGGCGUUUGCUGGGAGUUCUAUUGCUGUCGGAAGCGGCUUCUUAAUUGCGGCAAAAAUGGCGAGGAUGCGAGCUAAAGGUCUUGGCUGGACCAGCACGAUAUAG